CUGUCAGGGUGACAGAGGAGACUCCUGCAGGAACCGCUGCUCCUCUCCUUCCUCCUCUCGUGUUUCUCCCGUUUUCUCCUCGUUUCUCCUCUCUGGGUUCCUCCAGGGGUCGGGGUGUUUAGGAGGCUCUGUGUGGGGGGGCGCCCCGCUGUUUCCAUGGUGAUGUGUUUGGAGGGCAGUCGGGGGAUCUAGGCCGCAUAACCCGGGAUUAUCAGCUGACAGACCAACUGUAUCACCAUGGCGACGGUAGCACCGCUAAUCCCCAGCAUCGUGCUGCAGGACAUGGAGGAGUGGGCAGAGCCAGGUGAUGUCACAGAGGGGCUCAGAAGAUCCCAAAGAGCUGGAGCUGGAGCUCUGUUCAAUGUCAACAACAGCAACAACAACGAGGAAGAGGAGGAGUAAGAAAUAUUCAUUUAGAUACAAUUCAUCAAGAAGACACCAGGUCACUUGUAACUAAUGAUAAUAAUUUAAUCUGCUUCUCAGGGAGGAGAAGAAGAGGAAAAAGAAAGAGAAGAAAGAGAAAAAGGAGAAAAGAGAGUAAGUCUGACUGCUUUUCAUCAGGACGGUGAUGACUGAUGUGGAUUUCAUCAAAGUUCAGUUUCUGUCUUCUGGUUUCCUCAGGAAGGAAAAGCAGGAGAAAAAGGAAAGGAAGGAGCAGAAACAGAAGGAGAAGGAAGAGAAAGAGAAGGAGAAACAGAAAGAGAAGGAGAAGAGGGAGAAAGAGAAGAAGGCCAAGGAGGAGGCGGCGAAAGAGAUCACAGUGAUCGAUCCAGCUGGGAACACCUACUACCACUGGCUCUUCAUCAUCACCAUCCCAGUCAUGUACAACUGGACCCUGAUCAUAGCCAGGGCUUGCUUUGAGGAGCUUCAGACCGACUACCUGAUCAUGUGGUUCAUUGUGGACUUUAUCUGUGACGUCAUUUAUAUCAUGGACAUGGUUUUCAGAACCAGAACAGGUUACCUGGAGCAGGGUUUACUGGUGAAAGACGAGCAGAAACUGCGUGAACGUUACAUGAAAACCUUCCAGUUCAAACUGGAUUUGGUCUCCAUGAUUCCCACUGACAUCCUGUACCUCAUUCUUGGUAUCACCUACCCAGAGAUCCGCCUCAACAAGCUUCUAAGGUUCAAUAGGAUGAUGGAGUUCUUCCAGCGCACUGAGACCAGAACCAAUUACCCCAAUGCUCUACGUAUCUCCAACCUUGUCAUGUACAUUCUCAUCAUCAUCCACUGGAAUGCCUGCCUGUACUACUCCUUCUCCAAAGCCAUCGGUUUUGGUUCUGACAGGUUCGUGUAUCCCGACCCGACGGACCCUGAGUUUGGCCGUCUGGUGAGGAAGUACGCCUACAGUAUGUACUGGUCCACGCUAACGCUCACCACCAUUGGAGAAACGCCGCCCCCUGUGGAGAACUCAGAGUACUUUUUUGUUGUGACGGACUUCCUGGUGGGUGUGCUGAUUUUUGCCACCAUUGUCGGUAACGUUGGCUCGAUGAUCACUAACAUGAACGCUGCCAGAGCCGACUUCCAGGCCCGGAUCGACGCCAUCAAGCAGUACAUGAGUUUCCGAAAGGUAACUAAAGACCUGGAAAAGCGAGUGAUUAAGUGGUUUGACUUCCUGUGGACCAAUAAGAAGGCUGUGGAUGAGAGAGAGGUUCUGAAGUACCUUCCUGACAAGCUAAGGGCUGAGAUCGCCAUCAACGUACAUCUGGACACCCUGAAGAAGGUCCGGAUCUUUGCGGACUGCGAGGCUGGUCUGUUGGUGGAGCUGGUGCUGAAGCUGCAGCCGCAGGUCUUCAGUCCAGGAGACUACAUCUGCAAGAAGGGUGAUAUCGGCAGGGAGAUGUACAUCAUCAAGGAAGGGAAGCUGGCUGUGGUUGCUGAUGAUGGCAUCACGCAGUUCGUUGUUCUAAGUGAAGGAAGUUACUUUGGGGAGAUCAGUAUCCUGGCUAUCAAAGGUAGUAAGGCAGGAAACAGAAGGACAGCUAACAUCAGGAGCAUCGGGUACUCCGACCUCUUCUGUCUUUCCAAAGACGACCUGAUGGAGGCGCUGACAGAGUAUCCUGAUGCUAAAGCUCUGCUGGAGGAGAAGGGACGGCAGAUUCUGAUGAAGGAUGGACUGUUGGAUCUGGAGUUGGCAGCCCAGGGCCCAGACCCCAAAGAGAUCGAGGAGAAGGUGGACAGGAUGACGAGCAACCUGGACACGCUGCAGACCCAGUACGCCCGGCUGCUGGCAGAACACGAUGCGACUCACAGCAAACUCAAACACCGAGUCACCCGGCUGGAGAAGAAGCUGGCGCCGCCACGGGAGGACGCACCUGGUGAUGCUCCGCCCCCUCCCACACCUGAGACCACCAAAGAAGAAGAGAAGAAAUAAGAAGAUGGUGGAGGACAGAAGAACUUGAGUUUUAGUUUGAGGAUAAAAGGACUUGAAGGAGACGAGAAAUUAGAUAAAUCCAUAAAUUCAACAAGAUUCAAAUUAAAGUUAAUAAAUAUGUAAUUAUGGAUCCUUAGAUUUAAAGUCCUCUGAGUUAACGACUGUACAGUAUUAAUGCCCCGGUGCUGGGGACUGCUGAGGAGCCCUGGGAACACGUCCUGUUGGAAAGGAGACUCAGUGGAUCCUGAAGGACGCAGCAGUCCAGAGGGGAAGGUUUCACCUGCAUGUAGUGUUUCUUCCUCAUGUCUGAGAAUAAUUACAACAUAAACUGUUGUAAUUACUAUGUAACAUGUGAAACAGUACGUUGGCUGCUAGUUUGUCUGAACGUAGCGGAGAAUCUUCACCCUGAGACCUGAAUGCCAGUUGGUCUGAGGUUCAUCCAGAACUGCCUGAGCGCUACAAACCCUCUAGAUUUAAUAACAUAAAUUCAACCAGCGUCCAUUUUUCCAGGCAUGCUUUAGUUUCCUGUUUAUGGGCUGCAGACCAGAACCAGAGACUGGCAUGUUCCUCCUGACCCAGGUGGAUUCAGGACCAGGUCUUCUGGGCUUUAACUGAUGCUUUUUAAUGAUGCAACAUGUGAUGAAGAAACUGUGCUGAAAUAAAUAUAUUUUAUAAGAAAGUUAA